AUGCUUAUACGCUUCCCAAGAGUAAAAAGCUACGAUGACGGUACGGUACGGGAUGAUGACCUCGCGGAGACCAUGAUCGAAAUGUCCCGGUAUGCCAUGCAGGUUGGCGUCCCGCUUUCAGGCGUCGCACAUUCCCCGUUUUCCGAAGAAUGGAUUCUGAAUGGUCGAGAAACGAAGUCAUGCAUAAGAAAUAAGCGGGUGGACAAUCUCCGAGGAAGCUCAGCCUCGAAGUCUUUCAAUCUGAUUACGGUCAGGCGCCUGUGUACGGAGUAUGGUAUCAAGGGCAACAAAAAAUUGCCUGGGGGGAAGACCACACCACCACAUCACUAA